CUUAAACCCCAUUGCCAUUGUUGUUCAAAAACCAGAGUCUUAUCCACUCCUUACUUUCAACUUCAUACAACGCCAUGCCUACUUAAUUCAUUUGCCAUAAGAAGACACAGUUUUUGCAUACGAAUUCAUGGCAAAUUUGCUAUCUCAUUCACCAAUUCCUUUGAAUUUUACCAAAAACAAUGGUGUUGUAGCUGGUUAUUCACCUUUUUCCGGUGGCAUUUAUCGAAAAGCCUUCGUUAUUCGUGCUUCCGCGGUGUCUCAGACUAGGCGAAAGAAACAGUCACAGCAGAAGGAAGAUGAGUCCUCGUUGUUAUCAGCUACGGCGAUGGAGAAAGGGCUGAGAUUAUUGUUCAUGGAGGAUUUGAUGGAGCGUGCAAGGAGUCGCGAUGUCGCCGGAGUUUCUGAAGUUAUUUACGAUAUGAUUGCUGCCGGAAUUAACCCGGGACCUCGCUCAUUUCAUGGCUUGGUCAUUUCUCAUACACUUAAUGGCGAUCACGAAGGCGCUAUGAAUGCAUUGAGGAGAGAACUAAGUGAAGGCCUUUGUCCUCUUCCUGAAACCUUCACUGCAUUAGUUCGUUUAUUUGGUUCAAAAGGGUAUGCCACAAGAGGUUUAGAGAUUCUUGCAGCUAUGGAGAAACUAGAUUUCGAUAUCCGGAAUGCUUGGCUAGUUCUUAUUGAGGAACUUAUUAGAAACAAUUACUUGGCUGAUGCCAACAAGGUGUUUCUAAAAGGUGCAGAGGGUAAGAUGAGAGCUACUGAUGAGAUAUAUGAUCUUUUGAUCGAAGAGGAUUGUAAAGUUGGAGAUCAUUCAAAUGCAUUAACAAUAGCUUAUAAAAUGGAGGAAGCUGGAAGAAUGGCUACUACUUAUCAUUUCAAUUGUCUCCUUAGUUGUCAGGCAAAGUGUGGAAUACCUGAAAUUGCAUACGCGACAUUUGAAAAUAUGAUAUAUGGGCAAGAUUUUAUGAAACCUGAUACAGAGACAUAUAAUUGGGUGAUUGAGGCUUAUACAAGGGCAGAAGGAUCUGAUAGGGUGCAAGAUGUUGCUGCUGUUCUUGGUAUGAUGGUUGAAGAUUACAAAACUGUACAACCUAAUGUGAGAACUUACGCGCUAUUGGUGGAAUGCUUUACAAAAUAUUGUUCUAUAAGAGAAGCUAUCAGACAUUUUAGAGCCCUUAUUAAAAUUGAAGGUGGAAUUAAAGUUUUAUAUAAUGAAGGAAAUUAUGGAGAUCCACUUUCUUUAUAUCUUCGGGCUUUAUGUAGAGAAGGAAGAAUUGUUGAGCUUUUGGAAGCUUUAGAAGCAAUGAGUAAAGAAAAUCAACCAAUUCCAGCUAGAGCAAUGAUACUUAGUCAAAAGUAUAGAACAAUGGUUAGUUCUUGGAUUGAACCAUUGAAUACAGAAGCAGAUGUAGGAUAUGAAAUUGAUUACAUUGCCAGAUACAUAGAAGAAGGUGGGCUAACCGGGGCCCGCAAAAGGUGGGUCCCACGAGAAGGAAAAACAUCCCUAGACCCUGAUGUUGCAGGAUUUGUGUACAAAAACCCUUUAGAAACCUCAUUCAGACAACAUUGUCUUGAAAACUGGAGAAGAUAUCAUAGAAAGGUGUUAAGAGCUUUACGUAGAAGAGGUCCAUCACUUUUAGGAGAAGUUUCAGAAUCUGAAUACAUUCGUGUUCUUGAGUGGCUUUUUCAUAUCCUUAAACGCCCCAAUAAAAACGCAUUAAAACCAAAAGCUGCAAGUAAAAUGCUUGUGAAUGAAUUGGCUGAAGAGCUUGAAGCACAAGGGCUUCCUACUGAUGGAAAUAGGAGUGUGCUUUAUCAACGUGUGCAGAAAGCUAGGAGGAUUAAUAGGUCUAGAAAUAAACCCCUUUGGGUUCCUCCUGUUGAAGAGCAAGAAGAAGAGAUUGAUGAGGAAAUUCAAGAACUAAUCUCUCGAGUGAGACUAGAAGAAGGAAACACAGAGUUUUGGAGAAGACGUUUUCUUGGUGAAUGUUUAGAAGCAGAACUUGGAAAACCAACAGCAAUUGAAGUAGAAGCUACAGAUGUUGAUGAUGAUGAAGGGGACAAAGAGGAACAAACUGAAAACCAAUCUGGUGAUACAGAAGCUGUUAAAGACAAGGAAGAUGCUGCAAAUCCUUUACAAAUGAUUGGUGUUCAAUUGUUCAAAGGUUUUGAUGAUUCCACACCUACUAAAUCCAAAAAAUCCAAGAAAAGAUUGGCAAGAAUUGCUGCUAUGGAGAACGAUGAUGAUGAAGAGUGGUUACCAUUGGAUAUACUGGAGGCAUUUAAGGAGUUACGGGAAAGAAAAAUAUUCGAUGUAUCGGAUAUGUAUACAAUUGCUGAUGCGUGGGGUUGGACAUGGGAAAUGGAGAUAAGAAACACUCCCCCUCGACACUGGUCACAACAAUGGGAAGUUGAGUUAGCUGUGAAGCUAAUGUCAAAAGUAAUGGAGUUGGGUGGGACACCAACUAUUGGAGACUGUGCUAUAAUUCUUCGUGCGGCAAUACGAGCCCCAUAUCCUCCAGCUUUCUUAGAAAUUUUACGAACAACACAUACACUUGGUUAUGUGUUUGGAAGUCCAUUAUACGAUGAGGUUAUCGGAUUGUGCCUUGAUCUUGGAGAAUUAGAUGCAGCUAUUGCAAUUGUUGCUGACUUGGAAACAAGUGGUAUCACUGUUCCUGAUGAGACACUUGAUAUGGUCAUUCAGGCUAGACAAACUACUCGUACUAAUGUAAAUGGUGCAUCUUUGUAAUCUUACACAUGUCUUUUUUGUUGUAUGAUAUACUUUUGAUUCUAAUAGGAAUUAGUUUGUCUCAUGAAUACUUCUCACC